CUGGCUGACUGAUUGACAGCGGCGGGCUGACUGUGACGCGCAUGGAGAGAAUAUUUUAUCAAGUCGGAUUGAGGAGACAGAUGAACGCGUUCCCUCCUUUAUUCCUAAUAGCCUGAUGAAACGGGCUGAUAGUCCAAACCGCUGACGGACGGCCUGAUGAGCAAGAAACUGAAGGAAAUCUUCGAUUUCCGUGGUGUAACCAACGAGACUGUGUCCGUAGUCUCGAUAAGAAAAAUUCUUGAAGGUGUGUAUAGCUGAAUCUCAUAUAUUUGAGGGCAAAAUGCACUGUCUUUAAUAAGUGAACAAAAUCAUUGAAAAUAGAAACGUGCUUGAUAGGCUAGAUAUUGGCACAUCCUCUCAUCUAAAUAUGUGGAUGUUGAAUGUAAAUUAUUAUGACUGGACCCUAGUCAGUCAGUAGUUUAUCGGUUUUUCAUGUAGGUUGACGUUUUAUUUUUUUUAAUUUUUUUUUGAUGAAUCUGUGACAGAAGUUUACCUCUUAAGAACAGGUAGCAUUUUUCAUCAUUAUGGACAGCGCACGCUCGUCGGUUGUUGAACGGAGAGAUGCCACCGCAUGAUGUGGGGAGACAACAUUUAACAUGAUGUAAUAUUUGGGCAAUCUGAACAUAUGAAAUUGUGAAUCUAUAUUCUGGUCUGUUUUUCCAAACCAUUUUUGGUUGACUGUGUGAACUUGAAUGCAAGAAGAGGGUGACAUAAAUGCCAUUCUGUCUUGAAAUUGGCCCCUCUGCGGGAAUGCCUGUUCACCAGCGGGCCAAUGGACUAUUGGCACCUCAGGGCUAAUCCAUUCUCACACCUCAUUUCUAAAAGGUCUCAUUUCCCAAAUGAAUCUUGACUUCAUUCCACAUGAAGUGCAGCCAGUAUUGACUUCCGACUAACCUCCAGCCUAUUCAUUGGCCAUUUACUGGGAUCUUAGAUGUCAUUUAAAGUGUAAUACCCUCUUGAGGUGAACUAAAAUGGAUGUUGGGAGUUGGGUUCCGACCGCAGGAGAUGAGACCGGGAAUUUCACCCCGGCCCACCUCCUGCUGGAUCCCCAUAACGGGUCAGGUCCAACACCUACACGGUUGGAUAACGGCCAGGAGCGCUCCAUCACAGACCAAGCCUAUAGGAACUUCACCACAACCAUCCAGGUGCUCAUCCUCAUAGGAUCUCUGUUGGGCAAUGCCACUGUUCUAUGGUGUACCUGCUGUACCAGUGUCUUCAAGUCGGUGACCAGUCGCUUCAUUAAGAACCUGGCGUGCUCAGGGAUCUGUGCGGGUCUGGUGUGUGUUCCCUUUGACGUGGCUCUAGGGGCCAGCCCUCGCUGCUGCUGGUGGCUACACACUCUGCUGCUCUGCAAGGCCCUGAAGUUCCUCCACAAACUCUUCUGUUCCGUCACCGUGCUCAGCUUCUCCGCUAUCGCUCUCGACAGGUACUACUCUGUCCUCUACCCUCUGGAGAGGAAGAUAUCAGACGCCAGAUCACGUGACCUGGUUAUCUACAUCUGGAUCCACGCCACCAUCGCCAGCGUGCCUGUGUUCGCCGUCACCAACGUUACAGACGUGUACGUCACCUUGUCAUGCUCCGAUGCCCGCGCCCGCUCCUUGGGUCACAUGGUCUACGUGGUGAUCUACAACGUAACCACGGUGAUCCUCCCACUGGCGGUUGUCUUCCUGUUCAUGGUUCUGAUUCGCCGAGCCCUUAGCGCUAGCCAGAAGAAGAAGGUGAUUAUUGCAGCGUUGAGAACCCCUCAGAACUCCAUCUCUAUUCCGUACGUGUCGCAGCGCGAGGCUGAGCUACACGCUACAUUACUAGCUGUCGUUUUAGCCUUCUCGGCCUGUAGCGCCCCCUAUGGGGCGUUGGUGGUAUACCGCACUCUUCUCGGGGACAGUGAGGAAUUGUCUCCUUCUCUCUACCUCACAGCCAUCUGGCUGCCAAAGGUGUCUCUCCUCACCAACCCUCUGCUGUUUCUGACGGUGAACCGCACGGCCAGGCAGUGCCUGUUGGAUGUUUUAGCCCGGGUCCACAGACGCUACAGCCGGCGUAACGUAGUCAGCACUGGGGCCCUGGGGCUAGGGGGCGAGGGAGGGCUGGAGGGGUCGGCUCAGGCCGGGAGCCAGCUCCUGGAGAUGUUUAAUAUCGGACAGCAGCAGAUCUUUAGGGCGACCGAUGAAGAGGAUGAGGAGGAGGUAGAGAAUGAGAUACCUUCUUUAGGGUCAGGAGGUGGUGGGGGUUGUUUGCAACCCAAAGAGAACCACCUUGGAGUGGGUAGACUAGGGGGACACGAAGGGAAGAUGGUUCUACAGAAACAGACCCAACCAAUCAGAGAGAGUGUCCUAGUGACUAAAGAACCUCCUCUCAUAUUGCCCAAAGUCUCCCCUGUCCCUGUCCACGCCUGCUCUUACACCUCCUCAUCACAGGUGGCGCCAGCGACCCCCACGGAGCCCGACAACGCCACCCAGUUUGGGUUCGGUCCAUUCGAGCUGCCGCCCCAGUGGCUGCCGGAGACCAGGAACAGUAAAAAGAGGCUCCUCCCACCGCUGGGGAACACCCCAGAGGAACUGAUCCAGACCAAACAGCCACGCCCACGGCCAGAACGACGAAUCAGCAGGAACAACAAGGUCAGCAACUUUCCCGUUGUCGACCCUUAAACUACCCUGUCCGUUGACCUUUGAACCUAUGAGGUCAGCCAGAGGAGUAUUCCACUGACGGAGCAUAAUGAGAACAGCAAUACACCUUUUCCUUUUUCUAUCAAGUUAUUUGAUACAUUUUAUGUCAAUGACUGGAUACAAAGUCAAUGUAGGAAAUCUGACCAACCACCUGACCAACCACCUGACCAACCACCUGACCAGUCACCUGACCAACCACCUGACCAGUCACCUGACCAACCACCUGACC